UUCUAUGUUCAAGAUCAGUGCUCUUGAUCCAUCUUGAAUAUUUCAGUUAAUUCGGCUUCUGCUGGUCCAUGGUUGGGAUGUGGUUUAGUUUUCUUAGUUGUCCGGGCUCCGCAGCUAUUGGUUUGUAGGAAGACUCUUUCAGUGUUUUGUUCUCUUCGUUCUUCCUGUAAUGGUUAUAGUGUGUGUCUUUAGGUUGUUUAUUGUUUUGUUUUAAGUUAUAACAUUGUUUUUGGUUAAUAGAAUCUUUUGUAAAAAAAUAAUAAAAAAAAUGCUACAACCAAAGACGUCCUCAUUUUUUCCUAAACAUAAUUAUAGACGAAAAUUCGGAAGUCAAACUUUAUUUUAAUGCCUACGUAAUGUAUAAAAUUUCUGUGAGAGUGAGGGAUAGCCCAAAUGGUUAGAGCUUCCUUCCCAACUUCAGGAGAUCAUGGCAUCAAUUCUCACCCUCGCCCUUCUCGCUCCCUAAACAACAAAAAAAUAAAAAUAAAAAAUAAAAUGUAAAAAAAAACAAAUCCGUCUCCGCCUCCUCACCAAUCACAAUCACAAUCACACCUUCCCUCAUGCCCCAUUCCUCCUCCACUUCCAAUUCCCCUCAAAUUACUUCUCCAAGCCGUCGCAUAUCCGCCUGAAUUCCUCCGACGCCUAAAUCAUCCUUCCUCCAUCGAGAUCUCCGUCGCCAGAUCUUCGCAAUCGGCACCGCUACAUGAUUGGCUCUUAAAAUGUCCCAAAAAGGGGAAAUUUUAAUGGUGCGAAAUAGAGGAGAAAAGGAGGAUUUUGAGAAGUUUUCAUCACCAGUGAUUAAUACUAACAGUAAUAAGGAUUCCCAACGUCAUUAUUAUCAAUCUAAUUCAAAUAUGAAAGAUACAUCAUUCAAAAUAAUUAGGCUUGUACUAUGUUUAGUGGUAUUUGUUACAGGUAUAGUUAUAGGAUUAAUUUCAGGCUCUCAUAUUGAUGUUGUUGAUAACUGGUAUAUAAAUUCUCGGCACAGCCGCCACGGUGUCGCUGCCGCGCCACAGAAUAACAUUAUUAGUAGCAGUCAUAUUAUUAGUAACUGCACAAUGGUUAACAAACAGCCGAAAAUUGAUUGUUUGAGUUUGGAGGAUUUGGUGCAUCCUAAAGAGUUGAUUCAUGGUUUAAGUGAUCAGGAACUGUUUUGGAGGGCAUCAAUGGUGCCUCAAAUUCAAGGGUACCCUUUUAAAAGAGUACCUAAAGUGGCGUUCAUGUUCUUGACUAGGGGUCCUUUGCCAUUGUUGCCUUUGUGGGAGAGGUUUUUUGAAGGGCAUGAAGAUUUGUUUUCUAUUUAUGUGCAUACUUUGCCUGGGUUUAUACUUAAUGUUUCGCCCUAUUCUGUCUUCUUCGACCGCCAAAUUCCUAGUCAGAAAGUUUCCUGGGGUGAUAUAUCUCUGGCAGAUGCUGAGAAGAGGCUUUUCGCCAAUGCUCUCCUUGACUUUUCGAAUGAACGAUUUGUGCUUAUUUCCGAGAGCUGCAUCCCAGUCUACAAUUUUCAAACAGUGUACAAAUACCUCAUAGAAUCUGUUCACAGUUUUGUGGAGUCCUAUGAUGAUCCCUCACGUUAUGGUCGUGGCCGUUACAGCCGCAGAAUGGGACCCAAUAUUAGGCUCCAUCAAUGGAGAAAAGGAUCUCAGUGGAUUGAAAUCAAGCGAGCUUUGGCUAUUGAAAUUAUAUCUGAUUACAAGUACUAUGUUCUUUUCAGAAGAUACUGCCAUCCAUCUUGCUACCCUGAUGAACACUAUAUUCCUACUUACUUCAACAUAUUCCAUCCAUACCUUAACGCUAAUCGUACUGUGACAUGGGUUGAUUGGUCUUUGGGAGGGCCUCAUCCGGCGAGUUUUGGUAGAGAAAAUAUUACAGAAGGUUUCAUACAGAAUAUCAGAAAUAAUGGGACAGAAUGUUGGUAUAAUUCUUUGAGAACACCUAUUUGUUACCUGUUUGCUCGAAAGUUUGGUCCAAGCGCUUUGGAGCCCUUGCUUAACAUAAGCUCUAAGGUAAUGGGAUAUUGACAUAUUUCAUUGACUCAACUGGAAUGGAGCCUCAUCCAAAGAGUUUUGGUCUGGAUGCUGGUUGGAUCAUUUCCUUUUUUUUCUCUUUCUUUUUUCUUUUGUACAGAAAAUUUUGAUUGGUUUAGGUACGCAGUGGAAAGAAAACAAUCACAAGAAUUAUUAUUGUUCUACUUCUACUCCAGUAAUUUAUUUGCAUAAAAUUUAAAGAAGUAAAUUAAGUAGCCGGCCUUGCUGCAAUCAUCUUGGGACAUAUCCCUUCACUAACUAAAGUCAUACAAGAAUUUUUUUAUCAAUUCAAAUAGAUUAGAUUGGAUAAAAAUCGUGCUACCUAAUUUUGCACUAUCGCUUUGGGUGCCUUAGUAUUGUGGAAAUGUUGGUUAACAGUGUGAUCAGAAGAUUUUUAACAGUCAAAAUCAUGGAAAGCCAAAUGCAAGCUUCCUUGCACCAAGUAACCAACGACUUUGGUAAGGUGUGUUUAAAGUUUUGUUUUGUUUUUUUUUUUUUUUUUUUUUUUUUUUGGAGGUAAUGAGAAGAAUCUUGUGUAGACCUUAGUACCUCACCUCUCAUGCUUUUUAUGGUCUAGUAUUUAUACACUUUAAAAGGGUUAGGGAUUUCCACCAUCAAAGUGCCUAUAGUGAAAAUUAAACCCUAACCUUAUAAAGGUGCAAACUUCCAACUAGAUCGAGCCUAGUUUGGUUUUUAAAAUAAUUAGUUGUUCGACAAUAUCAGUUGGUGCUCUCCCUUUUCUUGUUUUUUCUAUAUUAUACGGACCCUUGUGUUACUGAUUUUCAUGAGUUGUAACCAAUGUUUUAUAAUUUACACGUACCUCUCAAGUCCUUGCUUUUAGGGCGACGGUGGGUUCUUCCGCUAAUAUAAAAUUCAUCAUCUUCCCGAUUUUGCUCGGCAAAUUC